AUCUGCCCCGCAUCAGUGGCAACCCAUCAGACAAGUGAUAACUUGAUAACAAUACCUACCAAGCACCCCUCAUCUUUCUCUCUUCGUAACUUCUUUGAUUUCACUCUGCUACAUAUCUACAUUGUUCUCUACUCAAUUUUCAACCAUCAUGUCUCUCGCCACUCUCGAUACCUCCCAACACCCCAACCUCCCCGCCUCCUCAGCAACCCUCUUCGCAGCCAAGGCCAGCAAGAAGCUCAGCUUUGAGCAAAUCGCCCAGCACAUCGGCCGUAAUGAAGUAGCCGUUGCUGCCCUCUUCUAUGGUCAAGCCAAAGCCUCCCCGGAGGAUAUCGUGAAGCUAUCCGAGCUUUUCGGCAUCGACCAUGCUCUUUUAGAAGACCAGCUCACUGGUUUCCCCGAUCGUGGCAAGUCAGUUGAGAUGCCACCCAAGGAACCGCUGAUUUAUCGGCUGUAUGAGAUUGUGCAGAAUUAUGGGUAUGCGUAUAAGGCGGUGCUGAAUGAGAAGUUUGGGGAUGGGAUUAUGAGUGCGAUUUCUUUUUCGACGAAGGUCGAGAAGGAGACUGAUGCGGAUGGGAAUAAUUGGGCUGUUAUUACUUUGCGGGGAAAGUGGUUGCCUUUCUCGCGAUUCUAGGAUCUGGAUUCGGUUUAGUGAGCAGGUGGAAGCCAUGAUUGGAAGUAAGGCUUUCCUUCAAAUGGCAAUCAGAUAGUCAUCUAUAUCAGAGAAAUAUAUGAGCUUCUUAGG